UGUCGCUGCCUCGUCGCCGCCCACGGCGGCUACAACUCCGUUUACAAUGCGGUGGUCACGCCGGAGCUGAAGCAGGCCAUUGACAAGGAUUUGCCCAAACAGGCCAAGUUCUUCGAUGAGCUCGAUUUGAUACCGCAAUCGUGCCGCUUCCGUGGCCACAAAUUCGAAUGUGGCCUGUCCAUCUCGUGCGUCUUGGGCGGCGGCAAGCCGCUGGAUCUAUGCUCGGGCGGCAUGAUCUGGUCAUGCUGUGUGGACAAAGAUCUCGAUGCCGAGGAGAGUCCACAUGCGGCGCCGGUCAACAAUACAAGUGACAUAAUACACUUGCACGACAUUUAUCCCGACUUGUCGCCAACUGCCAACAAGCCGGCACAUCAUCAACCACAUCACCAGACGCAACAGCAGCACCACAGCAACAGCAACAACAACAACAACAAUAACGGCCUGUCAGCGGCCUCAUCAGCACGACCCGCCUAUCCCAGCCACGCCUACUACAGCACAAAACGUCCAUCGCUUUAUAGCGGCAAUCCCUACAAGCCCAGCUCCAGUUCCGGCUCCGGCUCCAGCUCAUCGGUACAUCGUCCCAGCGCCUCCAGCCUGAACAGCUGGGAGCACGACGCGAAUCACUUAGGUAUCACCAAUCAUCUGGAUAGUUUCUUUGAUGCAGAUGCGCCGCCAGACAGUUCCGCCGCGACGCGUCCAACGGCAGCACAUGUGCCGCAGGCGCAGCCCUUUGCCGUGGGCAAUGUGCUCGAUCUAAAUGCGGGCGAGGCGGCGGAUGAAUACGAGAGUGGUGGUGGCUACAAUGACGGCAGCUAUCGUCCAGUGCCGGGCUGCGGUGAGGUUUUUUCACGCACCAAUCGCAUCGUGGGCGGCCAUUCCACGGGCUUUGGCUCGCAUCCUUGGCAGGUGGCGCUCAUCAAGAGCGGUUUUCUCACGCGCAAAUUGAGCUGUGGUGGUGCUCUGAUAUCCAAUCGCUGGGUGGUUACUGCCGCGCACUGUGUGGCCACCACAACUAAUUCAAACAUGAAGAUACGCCUAGGCGAGUGGGACGUGCGCGGCCAGGAGGAGCGUCUCAAUCACGAGGAAUAUGGCAUUGAGCGCAAGGAGGUGCAUCCGCACUAUAAUCCCGCCGAUUUCAAGAACGAUGUGGCGCUGAUUCGACUCGAUCGCAAUGUGGUUUACAAGCAGCACAUUAUACCCGUUUGCCUGCCGCCGCCCACCACAAAGUUGACCGGCAAAAUGGCAACUGUGGCAGGCUGGGGACGAACGCGGCAUGGCCAGAGCACGGUGCCCUCGGUGCUGCAGGAGGUGGAUGUGGAGGUCAUAUCGAAUGAUCGCUGCCAGCGCUGGUUCCGUGCAGCCGGACGACGCGAGGCCAUACACGAUGUAUUUCUGUGUGCUGGCUAUAAGGAGGGCGGCCGGGAUUCCUGCCAGGGCGAUAGCGGCGGGCCGCUCACGCUUACAAUGGAUGGCCGCAAGACCCUCAUUGGCCUCGUCUCAUGGGGCAUUGGCUGCGGCAGGGAGCAUCUGCCGGGCGUUUAUACCAAUAUACAGCACUUUGUACCGUGGAUCAACAAGGUUAUGGCCAAUGACAACAAUGCGUGAAUGCAGUGUGCAUAUGCCACAUGCGGCUAUCACUUAAUCAAUUGGAAGACUGCAGUCAACCGCUUGCAGUCACCCGUUUGUCUGGCCAUGUGAUUCCUCUACGACUCGGGGUUGCUAGUGUUUAAGUUUAAGCUCUCAAUCAGUACGCAGCUGCAAGUUAUUUAUUUUUUUUAUUUUUGGUUGGUUUUAACCCAUUCAAGAUAUUCCACUCAA